AUGUCGUUGGCAAAGCGUGCUGCAACUACCUUGAAGCAGGUGCGUGCUUCUGGGCCGUUGGUGCAAUGUGUGACGAACUACGUCAGCAUGGACAUCAUGGCAAAUGUACUCAUUGCUGCCAAAAUGUCUCCUGCCAUGGCCCAUGGUGGCGUCUGCGGCGAGGCCGCAGAGUUUGCCAAAAUUGCAAGUGGCGUGAACUUGAAUCUUGGCACACUUGAUGAAGAUUGGGCCAUUGGCGCAAAGGCUUCUGCUAUGGUGUGCAAAGAUAUGAAGAAGCCAUGGGUGUUGGACCCAGUUGGUUUCGGCGCGCUGUCCUACCGCACAGGCGUGAUCAAAGAGUUGAUCGAAAUGGGACCUACUGUUCUGAAGGGUAACGCCUCUGAGAUAAUCACGUGUGCAAAACUAACGUACCCGGAGGAUUUUGCAGUUAUGCCAGCCACCAUUGUCCCGGACGGCGAAGCCACAGAAGCGAAGGGUGUCGAUUCAACGAUCUGCAGCGACACUGUGAAUACGAAGCUAUUGGAUGCGUUUGCCAAGAAGUUUGGUGGUGUUGUCUGUAUGACAGGCAAGUAUGAUUAUGUCACCGAUGGUGCGAGUGAGAAGUAUUGGGUCAAGCACUCCGUACCCAUGCUGCAGGACUUCACCGCGAGCGGCUGCGCCCUUGGCGCCAUCAUCACCGGCUUCUGUGCCACCGGGAGCCAGAUGGAGCCCGCGCAGUCUCAUGCUUGUUCGACGGCCCAAGCCGUGGCUUAUUACACGUUGACUGGCAAACGGACCAUGGAAGAUCCGAGCUAUAGCCGCGGGCCUGGCUCGUUUCGCCAAGGCUUUCUGGACACGCUUCGGAAUUUGACAGAAGACGAAGUCGAGCAGCUGAGCAAGAUCGAGAAAGUGGAGUGA